AUGCGACCACAGAAGAGGAACACCCACAGGCGUACAGGCACCCUCCGCGAGGAAACUCCACAGACCCCUUCCUCCUUCCUCCUUCGUCACAACGUGACCGCAGAAGAGGAACACCCACAGGCGCACAGGAUGGAUAGAAGGUCUUUAGCCAAACUUUGUUAUUUGCUAAUGACUGAUGGAAAAUUGAAAGGAAAUAGAAAUAUGUCAAUUAGUGAACUUGUAAUAUCUUUUCUUCAUAUUAUUGCACAUAAUGUGAAGAAUAGGAUCCUAAAACGCCAAACAGCUAGAUCCGGUGAGACAGUUAGUAGGCAAUUUCAUUUAGUUUUGAACUCCGUUCUACGAUUACAUAAUAUUUUGCUUAAAAAGCUAGAACCAAUCCCAGAAAAUUGCACGAAUGAGAGGUGGAAAUGGUUUAAGGGUUGUUUCGGAGCAUUAGAUGGGACUUAUAUUAAUGUCAAUGCCCCAAUAGAUGAUAAACCUAGGUAUCGAACCAGAAAUGGUGAAAUUGCAACUAAUGUCUUGGGAGUAUGCACACCGAACAUGCAAUUUAGCUAUAUCCUACCGGGUUGGGAAGGAUCUGCGGCAGAUGGUAGAGUCUUAAGGGAUGCUAUUAGUAGGAGGAAUGGCUUGAAGAUUCCUCAAGGUUGUUAUUAUUUGUGUGAUGCUGGAUACACAAAUGGGGAAGGAUUUUUGGCGCCAUAUAGAGGUCAAAGGUACCACUUGACUGAAUGGAGGCAAGGUUACCAACCAGCGACAUCCAAAGAAUACUUUAAUAUGAAACACUCUCAAGCGAGAAAUUGCAUUGAGAGAUGUUUUGGCAUUUUAAAAGCUAGAUGGGCUAUAUUGAGAGAUAAGUCAUUUUAUUCUGUUAAGACUCAGUGUAGGAUUAUUUCUGCUUGUUGUAUUCUCCGUAAUUUCAUAAGGUAUGAAAUGGCAAUUGAUCCGAUAGAGACUGAGCUUGAGUCAAAUGAAAUUGAUGAUGCUGUUGAUCUUUCAAUGGAAGGAAAGAUGCCAAAAGUAGUUGAACAAGUAGAAAGUUCAAUGGCACCGAAAUUCAAAAGAAAAACUCAAAACACCAAACACUUGUGGACAAAACAAGAGGAUGCUGUAUUAGUUGACUGCCUUGUUGAGUUAAGCAAAGAUUCAGCUUGGAAGAGCGAGAAUGGUUUUCGAACUGGAUACUUGCUACAUUUAGAGAAACUCAUGGCUGCUAAAUUGCCAUCAAGCAGUUUGAAGGCUACUCCUCAUAUUGAGUCAAGGUAUAAGCUACUGAAGAGACAGUUUCAAGCUAUCACCGAGAUGUUGAAUCAUAGCAGUGGAUUUGGAUGGAACGAUGUUGAGAAGUGUAUCAUUACAACAAAAGAUGUAUUUGAUGAGUGGGUUAAGAGUCAUCCAGCUGCUAUUGGUUUAAGGAACAAAGAGUUCCCCCACCUUGAUGACUUGAUGUUUGUGUGGGGGAAAGAUCGUGCCACAGGAGCUAAUGCAGAAACCCCAUCUGAUGCAGUAGAAGAAAUAAAUUUAUGCGAUGAAGAGACUGACAUGUUUGAGCAUGAAAAAGAUGCACAUACUGAAUGUCAAAAAGAUGAAGAAUCUGAUCAUGUCAACCAAAUAAUAAGGAAAUCUGAGACUCUAGAUUCAUCAAUUUGUCCACCAAACAAGAAGUUAACCACUAGAAAGAGAAAAGGAAAGGCUGAUGAUGCUGUAGAUGACUUGGUGGGAGAGAUUCACAAGUAUGUUAUUGCUGUUACUGAGGCUAAUGAGGAGAUGAAGGGAAUUUCCACCUACUUCAAGAAACAAACUGAGAGUGGUGAUAGAAAAAUGAAGAUAUAUAAUGAGCUAAUAGAACUUUCUGAAUUCUCUAAGUUUUUGUUGUGGAAUGCAUUUGAUACUUCAAGUGAGAAGUUAGCUGAGACAUCUGCUCAUGGUCUACCUCUGAAUGGUAGACCAUGGAUUUUUGCAUCUAAGCCUGCACUGCAUGAUCUUCAUGUAAAACAGACUGUUUCAAAGAUUUCUUGA